AGAGAAGGGAAUUUACUGAUCAACUUACAGGGCAUAUAUUAACACUUAGUCUUCAGAUGUAUGGCUGUCGAGUAAUCCAAAAGGCAAUAGAAGUUGUUGAUUUGGAUCAACAGACCAAAAUGGUGCUAGAACUUGAUGGCCAUGUCAUGCGUUGUGUGCGUGAUCAAAAUGGGAACCAUGUUAUUCAAAAAUGUAUCGAAUGUAUUCCACAAGAUGCAAUUCUGUUUAUCAUUUCAACCUUUUAUGAUCAAGUAAUUACAUUAUCCACCCAUCCAAAUGGUUGCCGUGUCAUACAGAGAAUAUUGGAGUACUGUGAUGAUCCUAAAACCCAACAGAUCAUGAUGGAUGAGAUUCUACAGUGUGUCUGCUUACUGGCACAAGAUCAGUAUGGAAAUUAUGUGGUUCAGCAUGUGCUGGAACAUGGGAAGCCACAUGAACGAUCUGCCAUCAUAGAGAAGCUAACUGGACAAAUUGUCCACAUGAGUCAACAGAAGUUUGCUUCAAACGUGGUUGAAAAGUGUUUAACCUUUGCCGGUCCUGAAGAACGGCAACUUUUGGUCAACGAGAUGCUAGGUGCUACAGAAGACAACGAGCCUCUUCAGGCAAUGAUGAAAGAUCAGUUUGCAAACUACGUUGUACAAAAAGUUUUGGAGACUUGUGAUGAUGAUCAGCAACGUGAGCUGAUCCUUUCACGAGUAAAGGUUCAUCUGAAUUCACUGAAAAAAUACACAUAUGGGAAGCAUAUAGUUGCGCGUGUAGAGAAGCUUGUUGCAGCUGGAGAGAGGAGACUUGGAGUUUCAGUUAUGUAGUUCUUAUAGAAGAUUUAGGAAGAAAGUUGUACAGCUAACAGAGUUGAGGCUAUUAGAGUAGAUCCUCAAGAUGUUGAGGCUCAAGCUAUGAGCAUAACUGAUGCCUAAAUAUUUACUUUAUUUUAUGUUGUAAAGAAUAGUUGAAGGAAGCAAUAGACAUGUUUCAGGCUUCGUUUUGGACGGCUUUUCUGCUGCUUCUUAAAGUUAUUUUUUACUAAAAUAAUUAAAAUUUAUAUGCUAAAAAAAUUGAUUUAAGAAGCAUGAAGAAAGUCAUCCCAAAAAAAGCUUCAGAGUGACUGUAAAAAGAUCGAAAGGAUGGUAGCCAUUAGUGUUUAGGCGAGGGGCUGGAUUUUUCUUUUUUAGCUCUAAUAUAUAUUUAUUAUAUUGACAGUUUUCUUAUUCAGUUCAGUUGGUUGUAAGCUCCU